GUGAAAGUGGUGGGUUUACAUAAAACAGCUUCGAAAAACAAAAUGUUUAUUGGUGGAUCAGGGUUUGUCAUGAACAGGUUUCAACACUGUUGUAAACUAUGUUUAUUAGUGAAUAUGCAUAAGAUUCCAAGACAGAUGACUUCUGGUCUGUUUACAUCCAGACACGUAUUAUCAAAUGAUGAUAAGUCAGUGAGUCGAUUUCCAGUGCCAGAUAUGUCAACUCUGCCACAAGAUUUACAACAUCGAUUUGGAAAUUCCAAGUUCAUUCCAAAUGCAUUUCGAGCACUGGCAUACAGACCUGUAGAACUGAGGGCAUUUCUGUUUUACAAUGAUGUUUUAAUGCAAGGCAAAGGUAACAUAACAAAAGCGGACAAAGAAAUGAUUGCAGUUACUGUGAGUUCAGAGAACAAAUGUCUUUACUGUGUCAUCACACAUGGCGCCCUUCAUCGCAUGCAGUCCAAGAACCCACUACUAGCAGAUCAGCUUUCAGCUAACUGGAAAUGUGCAGAUCUGGACACCCGACAAAAAGCAAUAUUGGAGUUUGCAAUGGAAAUUUGUCACAGUCGGUCACCCUCAGAAGAACUGUACCAGAAACUUUAUGAUCAGGGAUUAACACAAGAUGACGCAUGGGACAUCGGGACAAUAGCGGCGUUCAUCUCCUUUUCAAAUAGACUGGCACACCUGACAGAGAUGAAGCCCAAUGAAGAGUUCCACUAUAUAGGGAGAGCAUCCUGAGUUAUAAGAGAUGGAAGGAAUUUUAAACUACAGCUAUUUGGUUUUAACUUAUUAUGAUUGCAACAUUUGAUUUAUAGUCCAUCCCACAGGGAACGCCUUUUUGAUACUAUGGAAUUUACUACAAGUUAUUUAUUUAUGAGUCGAUUGUUUCGUAACUUGCACACACAAAUAGUAUUUGUUUGUUAUUUUCAGAACAUUUUUACUUUUCUUCUUAUAUCAUGCCAAACUGAAAUUAUUAAUAAAAAACACUUUUGUAGAAGGAUGAGACGGACUAUAGAUAGUGAGAGGAAAUCUGUUGCUGUCACAUAGGUUACUCCUACUAAGUAACAGCAAUGGAUAUUUAAUAUGCACUUCCCCGACAGAAAGGUUGUAUUAGCACACACAUGUACCACAGCCUGUGAUAUACGAGUUUGGGAAAUCCUGGUUGGAUAUGAUAAAAGUGGUGUAUCCACCUGGGUUAAUCAACUCAUCACACCUCGGAUGAGCAGUUUACCCAGGGCUCGGAACAGCCUGUGGGCAGGUCGCCAAAUGUGACCAAUGUCCUGUUUGGGCGACUUACAUAUUAAAAAAAUAAUGGUGUUAUUUGCUAUAAUAUAUGAGCCACUAUUAAUAUUUGUAUUGCAUAUCUUUAUUCCACAUUAAAAUCUUGUUCAUGGUUCGCUAACCUUAAUUUGCCAACAUCCAUUAUUAUUUUUUGGGCCACCAUAUUUUUUGGCGAGUUUCGAGCCCGGUUUACCACCAGAUUAUAAUCUCAGGUCAUUUUGUAUUAUUUAAAAUGGAUCAUUCACAUUUUUAUCCUGUGUUCAUACUUUAACAGUCUAGCUCAUCAAGGAAUCUAGCUCAUCAAGGAAUCAUAAAAACAAUUAAAAUUGAAUCAUAAAAACAAUUAAAAUGGGGACACUUCCUAAAACCUUGAAAGGCAGGUCGCUCCUCCCGUUGCCAUGUAUUAAAAGAGAGGCAACACAUUGGUAUUGUAUGUAGUAUCAAGCAAUUUACCACAUUCAGUGAUGGCGAAAACAGGUUCACACAAAUGUAGACGUGUUUUUAUAUUAGUCAUUGAUUAAUACAGGAUGAGGUGGUGAAAUUGCAGUUUUACUCUGUAUAAUGUUAAAGUUGCUUGUAAAUAUGUAUUAAAAAAACAUAAAGAUGUAAUUUUCUCAUCUGUGUUUUGAAUUGUGUGCUGUCCAAUUUAGUGCUUCCUUUAUCAGAAACAAUUCUUUAUAAGUGCUAUAUUGUUUUAUAAUUAAACGUUUUGCUAGACUGUAUAUUAGUGUAAUGUUCUAAACAUGAAACAGUUUGGUUUGUUUAACAACACCACUUGAGCACAUUCAUUUAUUAAUCAUUGGUUAUUGGAUGUCAAACAUUUGGUAAUUGUGACCUAUAGUCUUAGAGGAAAUCUGCUACAUUUUUUCUAUAGUAGCAAAAUGUCUUUUAUAUGUACCACCCACAGACAGGAUAGCACAUACCAUGGCCUUUGAGGUAUCUCACCACUAUUGAUUAUACAUUGGUGACGAUACAAACAAAGCCAAGCACUGACUAAAUUAUUAACAGUAGGUGCUACAUACUACCUGACAUGAAGAGAAUAGCCUCUGUGACAGGAUUUAAGCAAAUAACAUUGAUACUUCACCACCUGCAAGUUCAAUUAUCCAGACUCCUUAAGACAUGGAGUAAUGGUGGGGAAGCAACUCUCAAUAAAAAUAUGUAACACAGGCACUGUAAACAAUGGUCUUGCCUGUAGCUGAGCAGAUAUACAUCUGUCAGUUUGAUAUGCCAAAAUCAAGAGGCAAUGUUAACCCUUCCAAUAUUCCACAAUCAUACUGUCAAGUCUGUUCAGACACCAACAUAAUAAAAUAAAGAAACGAGGUAC